CGCCAAAGCCAUUUCGUGAAAUAUCACUGGGAAUCCCUUCCAAUCCCAAGAACUCUCUUUCUCUCUCUAAAACUCAGCUAUGCAGAUUCCGGUGAUCGAUCUCGCGCCCUACUUGGAAUUCUCCAGUAAUUCUUCGAGCGCGGCCGACUUGGAGGCCAAUUCGAAUCUGAAGAGUCUAUGCUCGGAGGUCAGCCGAACCCUAAAAGAGACGGGGGCUCUGCUUGUUAAGGAUCCGCGAUGCUCCGCCGAAGAUAACGAUCGCUUUCUCGACAUGAUGGAGAAUUAUUUCGAAAUGCCCGAUGAUUUCAAGCGCCAGCAGGAGCGUCCGCAGCUCCAUUAUCAGGUUGGAGUAACACCGGAAGGAGUUGAAGUACCCCGUAGUUUAGUGGAUAAAGAAAUGCAAGAGAAACUAAGAUCGAUGCCAAUAGAAUCUCAGCCUUCCAGACCCGCUGGACCUGACCCUAAGUGGCGGUAUAUGUGGAGGGUUGGUCUACGGCCAUCAAGUACCCGCUUUAAGGAACUUAACUCUGAGCCUGUCAUACCCGAAGGAUUUCCUGCGUGGAAGGACACCAUGGAUUCAUGGGGUUAUAAGAUGGUAUCUGCGAUAGAGGUUGUUGCUGAAAUGGCAGCAGUUGGAUUUGGCCUGCAGAAAGAUGCAUUCACUUCUCUUAUGAAUCAGGGACCACACCUACUUGCUCCAACAGGAAGCAAUCUAAAACGUCAUGGCCAAAUGGGCACUGUAUUUGCAGGGUAUCAUUAUGACCUCAACUUUCUUACUAUUCACGGUAGGAGUAGGUUCCCGGGAUUAAAUAUAUGGCUGAGAAAUGGACAAAAAAUGGAAGUUAAAGUUCCUGUGGGAUGUCUUCUCAUUCAAACCGGAAAGCAGAUAGAAUGGUUGACUGCUGGAGCAUGCAUAGCUGGCAUGCACGAAGUUGCUGUGACUGAUCGCACAAUUGAAGCAAUGAAAGUAGCUUCAGAGAAAAACCGCAGCCUGUGGAGAGUUUCCUCAACACUUUUCGGGCACAUAGCGUCGGAUGCAGUUUUGAAACCACUAGGCCAUUUUGCGGAGUCACCAAUAGCCUCCAAAUACCCUCCUAUGUGUGCUGGAGAGUUUGUAGAACUGGAGCUCGCAAUUAUCAAUCUCAAAGGAAGUAAAGAAGAGGCAUCGUAAUUUGCAGCUGGAGACUGGUUGAUUUAUUUCCAAAUAGCUGUGUGUGUUGUGACGAUGAUUACUUGAAUCAAUUGGUGGAUUGAUAAUAUUAUCCUUUGAUUUCGAUGGAUGAAAUGAAACUUUCAAAUUUCAAUAAAACAAGGCCUAUUAUAUGA